AUGGCGUCGGCGCCCUUCGUUGGAAGGGCGCGUGAUCGAUCUGGGCAAGGAUCGCUCGACGAGCUCCCUCGUCAGUCGUGCGCGCCGCCGCCGCCUCGCAGACCCGGAGACCCGGCUUGCUCCCCCUUCCUUCAGGUGGACACGCCGAUGGAGACGUCGAGGCCCGCCGGGCGGACAUCCGAGGAGAGUGCGGCUGCAUCGACCGGACCUCUCCGACCGAUAAACCUCCUAACAUCCCGAUGCGACCACCCGAGCGCGUCCACAUCCUUCAAGCGCGACGACACGGGUCUCGUCUCCUCAGCUUUGGCGAUGCGUCACCGACCGGCGUCGUUACGUUUGGAGGACCUGGGCUUGCCACCGUCCGUGGUCGAACGAUUCGGUGAACGUGGCGUCAAGACGAUGUACGCGUGGCAGCGUGGGGCCAUAGAUUCUGCCUCCGAUGGGUCCAACCUGGUGUUCUGUGCGCCGACAUCGGGCGGGAAGAGUCUGGUUGCGGAGGUUCUUCUCGUCAAGGCGCUGAUGCGUCGCGGACGACAGGGACGGGCCCUGUUCGUCCUUCCCUUCCACUCGCUCGUCAACGAGAAGUCCAAAGACCUCGAGAAGAUACUCGCGCCCAUGUACAGAAAGCGGACGCCGGGAGAUGGCCGCUCGCCCGUCGUGGUCCGCGCAUUCGCGGGCGAGACCGAAGGCGCGCCGCUCGCUCGCCCCCUCGGCUGUCCGGGGCAGAACGAGAUCGUGGCGGUGACGACCAUCGAGAAGGCGUCGGUGACGAUAUCGCGCCUGGCGGAGGAGGGUAGGCUCGGAGAGCUGUGCGCGGUCGUGGUGGACGAACUUCACCUCGUCGGCGAGGAGGGACGCGGAGGCGUCCUCGAGUCGAUGCUCGCGAAGCUCAGGUUCGCCGACAGACGCGGCGCGUUCGGCGAGACGGGCGGCGGCCCACAGAUCGUGGCGAUGAGCGCCACGGUGUCGCACGAGUCGCUGGAGCGGCUCGCGGGUUGGCUGGACGCGCGUCUGUUCAUCACAAACUACAGGCCCGUGGAGCUCAAAGAACACGUCGUGAAUCACCGCGGCGAGGUUUUCCUGAAGCGGGCGGCGCGGGGAAAGAUUCGCGGAAAGGACGACAAGGAAAACGACGGUCUUGGGAAGCGAGGACCUCCCGGACCCUUCGAGGGACUCUUCGAGAAGAAGGAACGCGAUGUGCCCCUUCACCUCGUACGGGCGACGGAGAUCAAGUCCGGCGCCGACCAGACGGCGGGAGCGCUCGCGGCGGAGACUGCCGUCCGAGGUCAUUCGUGCCUCAUCUUCUGCCCAUCGCGGAAGAGGACGAGGACCCUGGCGGUACAGCUCGCGCGCGCGUUCGAAACGACGAUGCCCUCACCGCGCCGGGAGGUGGCGUCGGCGCGGGACGGACUGGCUCGCGCGCUGGCGUACGCGGCCGAGGGUGCACCGGAUCGGGACCUGGUCGAGUGCUGCCGGCGCGGCGUGGCGUAUCACCACGCGCACCUGAGCAAACGGGAGAAGGACCUGGUAGAGGACGCGUUCAGGCGAGGGACACUGCACACGCUGACGUGUACCACCACCCUCGCGGCGGGGGUCAACCUGCCGGCUCGCAGGGUGGUCAUCUUGGAGGGCAACUACGGGAACUCCGCGUCGACGUAUCGGCAGAUGGCGGGGCGAGCGGGACGCGCCGGUCAGUCCGACGAGGGGGAGUCUUUCGUCAUCCCGGCCGACCUGGGCAACGGGGCGGGCGACAAGGUCGCGCGCGACGCCGCAGCCGCCGCCGCGUUCGCGACCGUGGUCUCCCGCCUUCCCGCGCUUCGAAGCCAGCUGCUACCGCCCGGGGAUGGCGACGACGAGGUCAACGAGGCGAUCGCGGGUCUCGUCCUCCAGUGCAUCGCGGCGGGAACUCUUCGGACCGGAAAGGACGGGUUCGACCUGCUGAUGAGCACGUUCGCGUGGAGCGUACCGUCGCAUCGGCCGAGACUCACCGCCGCGCUGAAGGCGGCGCUCGAGCACCUCCGCGAUCUCGGGCACGUGGAGACCCGGUGGGUUGGGGUGGAUAAAAAACAUGGGGGCGGACCCGGAUCCGGAACGACGCGGAGCGGGCGGGACGCGGAAUGGGCGCCGACGCUCGCCGGGCGCGCGUCGCAUCGCAGCGCGCUUCCACUGAGCCACGCCGUGGCCCUUCACCGUGACCUCCAGUCCGUGGUCCGCGAGGGCCUGCUCCUUCACUCGCCGACCGUACCGGAGAGGACGUUCGGUCGGCUCCACCUCCUCUUUCUCUGCGCGCCGCGCGGGGACGCCGCGGGCGGCGGCCGGGGUCGCAACCCGUUCGAGCGCCUGAGGUGGGACGAGUGGUACGGCGUGCUGGACAGGAACCAGGCGAUCGGGGAACUGGGCGACCGCCUCGGGGCGACGCGCGCGUUCGCCAUGAGGAUGGUUCGAGCCGGUCGCGGUCACCGCGGCGCCGAGAAGGAGGCGCACUCGCGACUCGCCGCCGCCGCCGCGCUCGGGGACGUGAUCGAGGGCCGCGCCUGCGCCGCCGACCUGGCGCAGGCGUGGACUCCCGUCGUUGACGGAGCCGAGAUGGGCGCCGGGACGCUUCAGCAGCUUCAGGUGGACGCGUGCGCCAACGCGGCGAUGGCGGCGAACAUGUCUCGCGAGGCUGGGUGGAACUCGCUGGCGACGCUCCUGGACGGGUUGUCCAAGGAGCUGGACGGCGGCGCCGUGCGCGAGCUGGCCGGGCUGAUGGAGGUGGCUCGCGACGGCGUGCACGGGUUCGCGAUGACCGCGGCGAGGGCCAGGGCUCUGUACAAGGCUGGGAUACGGUCCCCGGAGGAGGCGGCGUCUGCGGGCGAAGACGACCUCGCCGCGGCGCUGCUCAGGGCGGGCGGCGGGGCGAGGGGCGGGGGGGCCUCGGGCGUGGGUUCGAUGGCUCUCUCCGAUGUGUUCAACGAUGCGAAACGUGCCAUGACGAGGAGAGCCGCGAGAGACAUCGUCGUCGCGUGCGUCGCGCACGAGAGACGGCGACUCGAGGCUAUCGUCUCCGAGAACUGGGACGGCAAAGACGGGGACGAUUGAUGA